CACCCAACACGGCACCGCCACCCCUGCACCGCCACCGGGCACCGGCAGCGCCACUGCCACACCGCCACCGCGCCCCGGACCCUCCAGCCCUUCAGGGAGCGGUCUCUGAGCUCCUCCUGGCCUUCCCCCCUCAGCCCCUCAGGGAUCGGUUCCCGCUUCUCUUCAGGGCCCACAGGACCGACACCCGCUCCUCCGCCUUUUUUUCAUCCGGUGCUGAUGGACGGAGCCCCCACAUCCACGGACUGGCUCCCUAAGGACCGGGACCUCCAGCGCCUCAGAAAUUUACCUGAAAUUAGACAUAUCUGCCUAAAUUAACCAUAAUAAGUACUACAUUUAUGUAGAAGUGUUUCAUUUCUUUGCUGAGUAAAAUGCUGUUCCUGGUUCAUUAUCCUCUUGUAUUUCCAAUGUUUAUCCUAGGUUGUAUAUGAAUGUUUUCUAGGAAUUAAUGUCUUUGAGCUCUUUAAAUCAGUUUAACAAAAAUCUAUAGCAGCUGCUAAUUGAGGACUGAAUAUAUGUUUGUAGGGGCCUUGAAUUUCCACUGUGUAGAUGUAAAUUGCACUUGCAUUAUCAGAGACAGGAAAUUCACUGUCUGAAGUGCUCAGAGAAAUAGAUAAAUUAACCCAAAACUCUGGACAGAUAAAGAUUGUUAUUCAUGGCACAGAAAGGCUGAUUUUUGAAGGACUUUUUUCCUCAUGUAGUUGCUCAAUGACCUCUACAGAGGGCAGAAAUCAUCUGGUUGAGAGUUAAGACUUCUGAAGAGAAAUUUUUAGUCUCUGUAGACAGAUUCAGCAUGCAGGUACUGUGGUGAUAGGUAAAAACUCUAAAUACCUGCCUUGGGGAUAACAGCUGAAAGGUGUUGCUGAAUCCCUGGAGAAUGGUGCAAACAUUAAUUCUCCUUACUCAGGCAUAAAGAAAACUUUAAAAGUUGUGGGGUUUUUUUUAAAGAGUUGUUGCAGGGAAAAAUCAGAUCUUAUUGGGAGAAGCAGCUAAUUAAAUAUUAAAUGAGCAGCUGCUGUGUGUGUACCCUUUGUUUGGUUAGUGGGAACAGGGUGUGGACUAUACUCAAAAUAAGAUUUUUAUUCAUUUAUCCAGUUCUCUAGAUAGAUAAGAUGGCUGCUCCUGAGAAAGAUCCAAACCUGAGGCUCCUGCAGAAGAAUCCAUCAGACCCCAGCAGCUGUCAGAAGAGCAAGUUCUUGGAGACUGAGUGGAAGAGUGUGAAGCCCCAGAGCCGCCUCAGCCGCUGGCCGAGCGUGGCUGAGAGUGGGGAUGGGGGAAUUGGCACCUCCUGCUCGGACAGCACCGAAGACUUCUGCAAUUCCAGUAGCGGUUCCUCAUUCCAUCCCAUCAAAACCCAGGUGACCAUUCCAACAGCCCACGUUAUGCCUUCCACGCUGGGUGCCUCGCCCUCCAAGCUGUGCCCUGCAGGGAACCAGGGCUGCUCCCAGAGCUCUGCCGUGCCAGCCUCUGCCCCUGACCGCCCAGGGCUCGCCAGGAACGGGGACUUGAGCGCCGGGAAGUCCUCUCAGGUGCCACCCAGGGACCUCCUGCGUCUCUACAGGGCCUCGGGGGAGAACGGCUGCGAGCGCUCCUGGCCUCCUGCUGCUGAUCACACGAGGACAGAAGACACCUGGAAGUUUGACACCCCUGCCAUCGAGCAGACCCUUAACCAGUCUCUCUUUCUGGACAGUGUGUGCACUGACCCUCUGCACAGGUGCCAGAAGUUCAACCCAAGCUCUGAGGCAGGGAAGGACCAUUACAAGGUGCUGCCAGAGAGCAAACAGGCGCCGGGGGCCAACGGAGCCUGCGAGCCCCGGGACGGGACGUGGCCUGGCGGGAGCAGGCUGAUGCCAGCAGGACUCCAGGCCAACAAUUUCUAUUCAAAACCUGCAGUAGCUCCCCCAGCCCGAGCGUGGAUGCAGGAGGGCUGCACACUGCACCCCCACCAGGGAGUCUGUGAGCUCAGUGCCUGGAAACAGCAGCUGGACAAAGUGAGGCUGCAGGUGGAGCAGAUGCAGUUACAAAACGGAGGCACCUGCCCCCAUUCCUCCUUGUAUUCCCCAUCCCUGCCUGCACCUGACCCAGCUCAGUGGAUCAAUAUCCUCAACUCCAAUGAAAACCUGCUCAAGGAGAAAGAGCUCCUCAUUGACAGACAAAGGCAGCACAUUUCCCAGCUGGAGCAGAAGGUCCGGGAGAGCGAACUGCAGGUUCACAGUGCCUUGCUGGGCUGCCCAGCCACCUAUGGAGACGUCUACAUGCUGAGGAUGCAGGAGCUGCAGAGGGAGAACACCUUCCUCCGAGCACAGUUCACAGAGAAAACAGAGUCCCUCAGCAAGGAGAACAUUGAGCUGGAGAGGAAGCUGGCUGCUGCAGAGGUGGAUGUGAAGCUGGUGCGGGAGUCACUGAAGGAAACGGUGCAGAAACACGCAGAGGAGUUAAAGAAGCAGGAAGAAAGGGUAAAGGGAAGAGACAAACACAUUAAUAACCUUAAAAAGAAAUGCCAGAAGGAAUCUGAACAAAACAAAGAGAGGCAGCAAAGAAUCGAGACCCUGGAACGAUACCUGGCUGAUCUUCCAACUCUUGAGGACCACCAGAAACAGAGUCAGAAGCUGAAGGAAUCUGAACUGAAGACUACUGCCCUGCAGGAAACAGUGCUGGCACUGGAAUCAGAGCUUGGAGAUGUCCAGGCUGCUUUCAGGGAGCAAGAGCUGGAGCUGGAAACCCAAAAACACAAAGAGAUGGAGCUUCUGUCCACUGUGCACAGCUUGCAGGACAAGUUGCAGCAGCACGCAAAGAAUGCAGAGAGAGGACCCCCUGCCCAGGAUGGAGAGAGGCAGAAAAUGGAACAUGACUCUCUGAAGAAGGAGUGUGACUGCCUCAGGAAGAUUGUGGACAAAAAGCAGAAGAAGAUGGAGCAGUUGUCCUUGCAAAUCAAGAACCUGGAAGAACAGGUGGCCCAGGAAGAGGGGACAAGCCAAGCUCUGAAAGAGGAGGCGAUGAGAAGGGAAAACGCUCUGCAGCAGCUCCGGGCUGCCGUGAAAGAGCUGUCCGUGCAGAACCAGGACCUGAUCGAGAAGAACCUGACGCUGCAGGAGCAGCUCCGGCAGGCCCAGCUGACGGCCCAGCCCCUGCCUGCUGACACAGCCCACCUGGCCCAGGAGCUGCACGGGGAGCUGGCCAGCUGCCUGCAGGAUUUACAGUCUGUCUACAGCAUUGUCACCCAGAGGGCUCAGGGCAAGGACCCCAACCUCUCUCUGCUCCUGGGAAUUCACUCUGUGCAGUACCCUGUGAAGGAGAAGGAUGACCUGCUGAGCCCUGAUGGACUGGCCAAGAAACUGGUGGAGGUAAAACAGCUUCACAAAGAGGUGGAGGACUUGAGGACUGCGAUAUCUGACAGAUACGCUCAGGACAUGGGAGACAACUGCAUCACCCAGUAAAGAACACUCCCAAAGUAAGACAGGGAAUGAAGACUUGAAACUCUCAGGAGUCUUGUGCUCCUACAACCCUAAACCUAUUCAGCACUUUACCAUCCCUCUGCUCAGGUACAGGAUGUGUGGCCUGCCUGAUCCGUGAGGAAUCAGGAGGUUUGGCAGAAGUGUUCAGCUGCUGACUGGCUAACUGGGAUAAUUCAGGGCUUCGGUGUCAGGCUUUGCAGUAGCUUUGAUCUUGUGGAAUCUGUUUUAUGCUGUGUUUGCUGGAGCUGCUGUGGUCUCUGAUGCUGGGAGAUGAAUUCUGACUUGCCUUCUAGGCAUGUCAAAUGCUGAACAUGCAAAUGUGACGGUUAAAAUCACGGUUAAAAGGGAAAUGCAUGCCCUGGUCUUGCUGACACCCUCCCUGUGCAGGUCCUGUGUGACCAGAGGGUUAUCAGGGUGUUUGUGGGGUAUCUGGAUUCCACAGGCAGGCAGGUGUGCCACUUACACUCCUGGCAUUUACAUCGAGGUGCUACUGCCUUGGAUUGAUGGAGCAGGACCUGCUUUCCUCAGGUAAAUGCAACCAGUGUCUUUCAGCAGCCAGCAUGAGUUGAGGAAUAAAGCAACACUAAAAGACUCUGAAACCAUCCCCCCUGGGCACUGUUACCCCAGAAGCCUUAAGCCUUUUGUCCCCCUGAAGCAGCACUGGGCUGUGAUUCAGACUGCAGAGGAAGUGGAUUGAUGCUGAAGUGCCUUAAUGAGCUGGAAGAACCCUCUGCCCCCACUCUGCUCUGUGCCCAAUGCAUCCACGGGCGGGUGAGGAGCUGCUCUUCCCUCUCACAGCCUUUUAGAGCCAUCACAAACAAUCCUGGGGAGCUCCAAGUGUCUGUGGCCCCUGCCAGAGCCUCGGUGCCCCUGGGGACACAUCUCUGCUUUACUGGGAGAAAGCCAUACUGGUCCUAAUGAGGGAGCUCUUCCUGCAAGGCAGUGGCCACUGGGCUUUGUCACAGCCCUGUCCCUCCUUCCCUGCUCCUCUGCAAGUAAUGGGAUUUCUAAAUCCCAUUGUGGGAUCAGUUUCACUGCACCACAACCCUCCCUAACCCCAGUGACAGCUUUACAGUACAGAGUCCAAGGGUGGAACUUUAGUUUUCAUCUUAAGAGCAAGAUACCAAGUUCUGAGAGGGGAAAAAUCCUGCUGACAUUUGUGUUGUUUGGCUGCUCUUGGUUCAUGUUGGGGCUGCGAGCCCUGGGUUUGGCAGAAAUGUUUUUGUUAUUCCUUUGUGUUAAAAUUUUAAGACCAAAUCUGUUUUGUUCUUAGUGUUUGGCCACCAUGGGGAAUGGUGGCAAGGAACUGGGUUGUUUUGUCCCUCACGGGGAGCAUGCAGCAGUGUGUGUGCCUGGCAGUGUCUGUCUGUCUGUCCUGCUCUCCCUGGGUGUUGUUGUGUUCCUGGCUGUGUCUGCUCUGGACUGAGCAAAACACAUUUCCAGGGUUAUUUGUGAUGCUGUUUGUCCUGAGUGCCGGGAGCUCUGCUGGCUCCUGCAGGUUCUUCGGGGGUUUGGGCACCAUCUCUUCCUCCCCUUUGCUUUGGAGGUGCAAGAUCUCAUCCAUGGGUGCUGUGAGGGGACAGGUUUGCCCUCUGCCCCUGCAGGGGUGGUUCUGAGAUGAGAUUAUUGUGGCUGGAACCACCUCAGCUGUUGCCCAGGUCCCGUGUCCCCUCCAGGGGCACAUUUCCUCUCCUCACCCUGCACAACGGAGCCCCUCUGGCCCCGAGGGUGAUCCCAUGUGCCGUUUGCUGCUGCUGCAGGGGAAAUCUUGGGCCCUUUGCUGCAGAACCCCCCAGGCCAUGGGGACAGGACAGUGUCCCCUCCCUGUCCCCCCUUCCCCGUGCCUCGCAUGUCCCCCCGCUCCCGUUGGGCUCCGUGUCUUUGUGCCAGCCUCUGUCUCACCGCUUGUUUGUACCGAGCAUUUGGAGAAUCAAAUAAAGCUGCUCUGACCCA